AUGUCAUUCUCAUUUGGUUUCGCUAACGCUGAGCUAAGUGACGAUGAGUUGCUACCGAAUUCCUUCGAAGUCGGCAACGAGGGUGCCCAGGAGAGUUCCAAUAAAAUAGGAAACCCUCUUGAUGCAGAGUGGUUAAAAUCAACGGACAUACCGCAACCAACACUUGUCCACCUGGACAAGCUCUUGGAAAGUCUGACCAAUGUGAGAGUCUCCUUUGAGGAGGUCCACACUCCGCAACGAGCUAUCAAGUUAUUCCGCAGAGAACUAUUUGAUGUAAAGCACCAACUCAUGUCGGAGGUCGACGCCGAAUCGGACUCGCCAGACCAUAAGGCAGAACUGGACAUCCUCAUGGGGGAAACAAACGAAGAUGUCAGAAAGAAUGUCUAUGAGGGCGGCCUAAAGUCAUGGGAGUGUUCAUUGGACCUCGUGGACUUCCUUGGCUUGCAAGACCCAAAAAGUUCACCGUGCAUUGCCGAACUCGGCUGUGGCACUGCGCUUCCGUCGCAGUACCUAUUCUUGCAGUACCUGCAGCAGGAAUCUCACUUGGGGCUGACCUUGCUUCUGAGUGACUACAAUGAGUCUGUCCUGAGACUAGCCACGUUACCGAACCUGAUCAUCACCUGGGCAAAGCAGGUACUGUCACAAGAACAGUGGGCUGCGCUGCAGCUGAGCAGGGAUGAGAACAUUGCUAUCAUGCAAGAUGAACUACUUCUGACACAAGAGCUGCUAUCAGCAUUCCGGAGUGAUCUUGAACAGAAGAAGAUAGAGCUGUAUUUUAUCUCCGGAACUUGGAGCAGGGGAUUUUUGAAUCUGCUGAAAGAGAUAAGAUGGUCUCCAUCCUCCGAGCUGCUUCUCCUAACAUCCGAAACGAUCUAUCAGCCCGAGACCUUGCCUGUAAUUGCGGAGCUGAUACUGGAUCUCAUCUCCGAAGCACGUAGAGGCGGUUACUCUGCCAGGGCUUAUGCUGCAGCAAAAGAUAUCUACUUUGGUGUUGGAGGAAGUGUUGCUGAAUUCGAGCAAUAUGUUACCAGCAAAACCCUUGAGCGGUCCCUACCUUUGCAGUUAACCACGCAUAAGGUCAACGCUGGCCUCAAGAGAUCUAUAAUAGCGAUUGAAUAA